GCGUGCGUGAGCCCUAGGAAAAUUGUUGACCAAAUUUUCGUGAUUUCGUGAAGGAUAUUUUUAGCAGAACUCUGAAAACGUGAAAGGGUGCAACACGAAGGCGCUGGGCAUAAUAAUAAACAUAUUGCCGCCCACCAUCUGGUGUUUCUGCGUGCGAAUUAAGCUCGUCAGAAGCGUGUUCCAGCGUUUUCUCGUAGCGUAAACAAAACGCAAACCAACAAUCAUGGCAAACGUCUGUGAACCUCUCACGCUGGCCAAAGAUGUGAAGCGAUCGAUAGAGCUGCUGGAAAAGCUACAGAUGAGUGGGGAAGUUCCGGCCACCAAGCUGGCGGCCCUACAGAAAGUGCUGCAGAGCGAUUUUCUGAAUGCGGUCCGGGAGGUUUACGAGCACGUCUACGAGACGGUCGAUAUUCAGGGUUCGCUCGAUGUGCGUGCGUCGGCCACGGCAAAGGCGACGAUCGCGGCGUUUGCCGCCAGUGAGGGUCACGCCCAUCCGCGCGUUGUGGAGCUGCCAAAGACGGACGAAGGGCUCGGGUUCAACGUGAUGGGUGGCAAGGAACAGAAUUCGCCGAUCUACAUUUCCCGCAUCAUUCCGGGCGGUGUGGCCGAUCGGCACGGUGGGCUGAAGCGUGGCGAUCAGCUGCUAUCGGUGAACGGUGUGUCGGUGGAGGGCGAAAACCACGAGAAGGCUGUGGAGCUGCUGAAGCAAGCGGUCGGUUCGGUGAAGCUCGUCGUCCGUUACACACCGAAGGUGCUGGAGGAGAUGGAGUUGCGUUUCGAUAAGCAACGAGCCGCCCGAAGACGUCAGCAGUACUAAGCAGGCGGGUCGCGGCCGUCGUUUCCCCGUUUUGUAAUCCCCAUGGAAACGUUUCGUUAAGCCAAACACUACUCCGCAGCGUGCUGCGAUUGUGGGGCUCCCCGCACCGCGCGGGACAGCUGGUGUAAAUCGUAACGUGUGUAUGUGUUCGUGUUCAUGUUAUUUGUGUGUUCCCCCUCCCGGACAACCGAUUCUCAUUACUCUGCGAUACCGGAGUAAAAAGCUGGAGGCAUCUUAUUCGUAUAAAAAAGUGGGGAUCGAAGAUCGUUAUUUAAUCUAGUACACACUUGUCCGCUCUGUAUUGUAAACCACAUCUCUGGCACGCAUCCUGCAUGAGGCAUCUGUUUCGUCCACUAUCGCCACACCCUAGUGCAUUUGCGUUGAUGGAUCCUUUCAUUCUCUAGCAUCGGAGAAACGCCAGGGCCUGCUAAUCACGCGCUGAUAGCUCCCUUAGAAAAAGAAACAGAAACAUGCCACUAGUAAGAUGGUUCUGCCACUAAGUAACAGUUCUGCCGAACCCUGAUGGCCAUUGCUCGUGCACAUCGUGCGAUGCUGCACCACCCGUGGCACCGUUUUGUCCAAAGCCACAAACACAGAAACAAAUAGGAAUCGUAAUAAAGUAAUUCGCCCUGACUUACCUGACAAACCACGAUCUGCGUGCCCUAUCGU